AUGUCGGAAACCUCACAUCCAUCUCGCGAUCCAAAAAAUCUCAGCGAACCAUUCGCAGUCAUCGAAUUUCUCGAGAAAAACGAAAAAGGGCUACCAUGCAUUGAUUUGGUGCCGAAAAAAUGGUUUAAUAGUGCAGAAGAAGACACCUGUAAAUUCCCACCGACAACUGAAUAUCAUCUACUUGACGACUACUUGGAAAAAUUGCACUCGCCCAAGGACUCUUGGCAAAGUUAUCCAUUUUGCUUCAUCACCGGAGCAGCUGAUUUGGAUCAGGGUCGCAGAAGAUUAAAAAAGGCCCAAGUAACUCUCAACUGUGAGACAACCGAUGGUGAAAAUGAUCGAAAGGGGGGGAGGUCCGAAACUUCCUCGAAAGCAAAAAUUUCAGCAAAACCCUUAACUGCAUCAAAGUCUCAACUAAACAACAUCUUUAGUACUAAAAUCCCGAUUCCACCUAGAAAUCAAACUCCAAAGUCUGGUAUACAAGCAAAACCAAAGACAAGAUUUCAAAGCAUUUACCAGAGUGGAUCUGACUCUGAAGACGAAAAUCAUGAUUGUCUUAUAGCUAAUCCUGAGGAGAUUCGAGCCUCAAAGGCUCAAAAUAAUUCUGGCUUUUUGCAAAUGUCGAGUAAAUCGCGAUCUGUACCAACAGGUGCAUGUUUAUCAUUUAAACAGCGGUCAAGGAAGAAUAUUACUUUGCUUAAAGACGUCGAAACUGAUGAAUCUGAGAGCAAUGAUUCCUCCGAUGGAAUUCUGCAGUCACCUACAAAAUCGAUGGACUCAGCGAGAAAUACAAGAAAAGAACUUCAUUUGACACCUCCUUCACCACUAGUCCAUAACGCUUCAGGUAACCGAAAAAGGCGUGCAUCGUCUACUACACGCGCUGAAGACGGAUUGAAUUCGAUUGUGAGCCCAGGAACUCCAAAAACUUCACGAUCAAUGAUGGUACACCCUGCUAAGAUGCCAAAAAUGCUGGGACCACAAAACCAGUUGUCAUCUAGUCAUUAUGCUGAUAAUGAACGUCGAAUCCUGAACUCCCUUCGAGAUUACUUUGAUCAGCAAUUAGAUGAAAAGCUCGAAAAUUUAAGACGCAGGAUGGCUUACGAUUUAAAGCAGUCUAUGAAUGAGCUCAAGACCACAAUCAUUGGCACUAAUCUAGCCCCAGCUUCUGGUCCUAGCUUGCUUGAAAUACAGAAGCAGAUGUCUACGCCACUACCAUUUGAAAUGGAUGAUAAGUUCCAGGAAUACGAAGCGAUAUUGACAACGGACCCAAAUCUCGUAGAAACACUGCGAUUAUUCAUGAGAGUUUUGAUAAGCAAUAAAAAAGAGAUGAAAAUAUGUGUUUCCACUAUCCUAUCUGCGGUUCUGAGGAAGACAGUGUCACUGCACUAUUCUGGUUACGGAAAGGAAGCUGGCGGAAAGAAAAAGAAAAAUUUUUAUAACACUACAGUAUGCAAAGUGCUGAUUGAUGUGAUAAUUGAGGUAAUAGGAUCCAGCACUGAUGAGAAGAAGAUAAUGUCAGAAGUAAGUACUUGGUUGUCACGUUCUGGCGAUCGAGAGGGUGGGGGUAAGGAACGACAACGCGGGUCAAGUCAUCAUAACGAGAAUAAUUCAGUUUGUUCCUUUGAUACCAAUCGAUAAUACUUCAUUUUUCCGGGAUAAAUGGAAUUGUAAAAUCACUGUGUUAAUAUGACUCCAUUAAUUCAUUUUCGUAAUUGUAUUAGUUGUGAUAUUCUUGAUAAAAGGUACGAUUAAUAGGAAAAGUUUAUAUUAUCAAUAUAUUUUUAUCGCGAGGCGUUUCAUUGGGCAGAAUAUAUAUUAAUAUAUGAAUAUUGUUUAGUAUUCGGCUGUCAUUGAAGUAUUAAUUAUAUUUAUUAUAUUUCUCCUGGCGAGGUCGGAAAUCCAGAAGAUGGAAAUAACAAUUGGAAAAUGUGAUGUAUCUUAGCAUAAUAAAGUAUUUUCUAUGUCAUUUCCUCAUAAGUUAGAUCACGGGAAUAAAUAUCCGUUGUUGGUUCAGGGAUUAAAUAUUAUGUCCAAAAGUUUAAAGGGAAAAAUAAUAAGUGGAUUUUUAAUUUUUAAGAAAAAUUCUAAUGAAAGUAAUUUCAGCCAUUGAGAGCUGUUUUCAGUAUUUGGUGAUUCAAGUCAAAUAAUAUUUAUAAGGUUGAAGUUUCACAAUCGGACUGCGUCCAUAUUCCCCAAAGAUUUCAAAUUUAAGGGUUGAAAUUAAUUAGUUAUAUGUAAUCCUAUCCAAGACUUUUUUAUAUUUCUAAGUUUGUUUGAAAGAGUGAAUAUAAUAAGCAAUAUUAUAUAGAACUAGCACACAAUCAAUGCAACUAAAUAUCAUUCUAUGUUCCGGAGUUGCAGAUGGAGAAGACAUUAUUGUAAAAAAAGGACGUCUUUCCGAGAUGAAAAAAUAAUUCUUAUCAGGAUAAUUCGUAUCAGCAAUUGUCUAUGGAUAUAAGAAUUAAUUCUUAUCAUCCAUAGCGGAAUAAAUUAUCCAUAAUAUUGCUAUUAUAAUGACUGUUUUCAUGCUUGAAUUGAAGCACGAUAAUUUAUCAAUUCUAAACUACUAAUUUAAAAAAUAACAUUGGUGCGUUAUUUUGUUGGAUAUUUUGUUAAUACAAUCUUCGAAUUCUGAAGACUGACUGCUAAUAUUAUUAGAUUGUAAGAGAGAGUUUAUUAAGACUUAAUAUGGUAUGUCGUAUUAAAUUUCGGAUUCAAAUGAUCUACGUAGAUUAUUUAUUUUAAAAGCGGAUGAAAAUAAUCCACAAAAGAUUUUUCUACAAUUUAUACCUGCAAUCAUUUUUUUGAGUUUUCAUAUUCUGUUCGCGGAAAAAUCUCAUAGUUGUGAUUAUCUUUCAUGAAAAUUGGAGAUACAAACACUGCAUAUCUUUAACUGUUCAACCAAAAUCGGAUGAAAACAUGUACUAUGUCGAUAGGAGGAAAAAAGUUUUUGAUUGGCUGAGUU